UUAAAUAACUCAUAAAUUGCAUUUAAAAUCCAAAGUACCAACUAACAAGAGACACAGAGAGCUGGCACAGAGAAAAUGGCUCUGGAAGCCGUCGUUUUCCCUCAAGACCCAUUUAGUUACACUGCUAACAAAGACCUCUACAACUUGUUAGGAGGAACUUUGAGCUAUGUUGAUGAUCAGCAGCAAGCCUCUCUUGAUUUUCUCGACUACCAAACAGACCAGAAUUACCCUAACUAUGGUUCUACGUAUUCCUCACCGCCUUCAAUGGUACCUCACUUCAACGAAUUGCACCUCUCCAAUCCAAACCCAGUUGCCAGCACUACAAACCCUACUGGUGAUCAACCCGAAUUUCAACUACCAUUGGAGGACACAAUCAACAUGUCUAGAAGUUCUCGUGCGAAACGACGUCGUGCCAAGAGUAAAAAGAACGAGGAGGAGAUUGAGAACCAGAGAAUGACUCACAUUGCAGUUGAGCGCAACAGGAGAAAACAGAUGAAUGAGUAUCUCUCUGUGCUUCGAUCGAUAAUGCCCGACUCGUACGUCCAAAGGGGAGACCAAGCAUCAAUCAUUGGGGGUGCGAUUAAUUAUGUGAAGGAGCUAGAGCAGGAAGUGCAAUUCUUGGGCGUCCAAAAGCCAAAUGAUCGUGCGCCUUUUUCCGAAUUCUUCACCUUCCCCCAGUACUCAUCGAGGUCAUCUACUAGUGAUCAUGAGUCUGCGGUGUCAGCCAUGGCGGAGCUGCCGCUGCUCGAGUGCAGGUUGAGCAAAAUUGCAGCUGACAUAGAAGUGACAAUGGUGGAGAGCCAUGCAAGCCUCAAAGUAAGAUCCAAAAAGGUCCCAAAGCAACUCUUGAAAAUUGUUUCAGGGUUGCAUGAUAUGCACCUUACCGUUCUCCAUCUCAAUGUUGUCACUGUUGAUGAUAUUGUCCUCUAUUCUCUCAGUCUCAAGGUAGAAGAUGAGUGCAUGCUGACUUCAGUGGAUGAGAUUGCAACAGCUGUCCAUGAGAUGCUAGCUAGGAUUCAGGAAGAGGCAAUGCUGAAUUUGAACUGAUCUUCAAAUCUUUUUUUUUUUUUUUUUUUCUGUUUUUUUUCCUUCUUCUGAAUUUCAGUUUAAGAAACUCUUUUCUUUAGAUAAAAUAGACUGAGAGUGAGUCUUCUCUCUCAUUUCAUAUUUUUCUCUUUUGUUUGUUUUUCUUUUAAAUAAUGGAUAUAAUUUGCACGACCUGACCUAUUUAGGGUGUAUGUAAAUACCAUCCAAAUUAAAAAUCUUGGUGAUUUACCAUCUA